GCGGAGCCGAGCCUUUUCAAGUCGCAGGGAGUGGGUGCUCUGAUGUCUUUACUUAGGGGAUUUCUGCGGCAGACUCAGCCGCCAGCAGUGAAACCAAAACACCCACCUCCUCCUCCUCCCUGCCUCUUCCCCCUCGCUUCUGAUCUUGCCAAUGGUACAGGCAGCGUAGGGAGGUGGGGGAAAGCCCCUUUGAGAGCUGCGCCUCCCCCCCAUCGCUGAUAAACCACUUGGUACGCUCUGCCUGAAGUCCCAGCCAGCCCUUCCCAAGCCAGAGCUGGAAGGGAGACAGGCAGGCAGGCAGCGUGAGUUCCUCUGGCGGCCAGAGCAGCCCCUGAGUUGGACCACUCCUUGGGAAGAUGAGAAGACUGCUGGGAGCUGCGGAAAGACCUCGCCUCUGACCUGCUGCGAGGGGCGGUUCAGGGGGAUCCCCGGGACAGAGGCUGAUUCACUGCUUGGGCUGUCAUCCUCUCUGAAGGCGAUGUCAGGACCUGAAGCUCACAGCCACGGCAGGAGGCUGCCCUGUAAGUCUGGGAUUUGCUGAAUUAGGGGGGCAGGAGCUGGUGGGUGCAUGGGGAGAAAGGUGGGACGGGGCGGGGGUGGGAGGGAAGGCGAAGCAGCGCCCCUCUUGCCUUCCCAUCCCAAACUUUUAUCAGGCGUUUCUGUGAAAUGGGCUGAAGCCUUUCCGCUUCCGUUGUCUGAGCUGAGAGGCAAGGCACAGGCUCUUGUCAGGCGCAGCACGGGAGGCGUAGGGCAUCAUUCUACCCGUCUCUGCGAAUUGUUCCAGGCUAUAGACAUGCAGAGUUGAACAGCAGCAGCCCAUGGCUCAGUGGCCAGUUAGAAGCGCUUCUCUCCAGGUACACUGAAAGCAAAACAAGGGGUUUGAACCCUGAGAGGAGUAGCUCGCUGGACAAACCCAUACCCCCCACGGCUUUGCUGUUGGAAACGCCGGCUCAUCAGCUUGGAGAUAGAUGUCAAUUCUGUAGGGCUGCUCUGGGCACAGCUCAGAGGAUUGACACCUCUUUGUAAUGAUCAACAGCUGGGAGCCAUCCUAGCCAUUGUCUUGUAAUUGUAGUCACCCAUUAGUAUUGUAUAUCAUGCAAACAGCAGCCCACGGCAUUCCUUUCACAAGUUGAGCUGACAAGCCUGCCUGCGGUUGCUGUCUCUCUCAUUUCACACACACAUACACAAUCUUGUGGCUUUCACCUUAUGAGCAGACCACUUGUCAACCUUGGCCUUCUGUCCCUUCCUCGUUAGCAUUCUGAAAAUACACCUUGGCAGAGCCUCCCCUGCAAACCUUAAAGGAGCCUUGGUGUGUGCUUGCGCUGUAUUUAUGGAUAAAAUGGAUGCGUUUGGUCAUUUCUUGGCAAUCAUUCUCUCUCUCUCUCUCUCUCUCUCUCUCUCUCUCUCUCAUGUUCCCACUAGAUGAACAGGUUUUGUUCCAGGAAGGGAGAAAUUGUAGCUCUGAUAGGCAGGGGGAGCAUAGGUUUACAUUUGGGUCUGCAAGCCACGAAGUGUAGAUCCCUCUCACCACUAGGGCUUACUGUUACCACCGUGGGGAACGGGACAUGGAGCUAGAUGGGUUCUUGAUCUGAUCCAGCAGGGUCUUCUUAUUUGUCCUCUUCACUUCAUUUGGUUUUGUUUUAAAUAUUCUUACUCAUCCUUGGGGGGGCGGCGGUUAGGAAGCCAAAACUGUAUGCUCCUAAGCAUGCUGAUUUGCAAGGUUCCUGUGGUGGUGGAGGGGGCUUGCUUCCAAGUGAAUGCUUGCAUUAUAACCAAAUCACGUACCCCCAAUAGCCCUCUCAAAAACAGCACCUAAGGAGGCCAAAGGUAAGGGCUUAGGGCAUGCACCCUGCUGUAAUAUGACUGAGCAUUCCUCUAGAGGUCAUAAUCCCUCUGGGCCCCACAUGCCCAUCAGCAUUUUUCUUUAGUGAACACGAGAGCUCUGCUGGAUCUGAGCAGGGGCAUACCUAGUCCAAUUUCUGCUUCCCACAGUGGGAUUUUCCAAUGGGAAAUCCACAGGCAGGCCGUGAGCGCAACAGUGGCAUUGCACUGUUGUUUGUCAGCACUGGCAUUCUGUAUUCAUGUUCCCUCUGAUUUCCAGCCUAUAUCCAUCAUGACACAAUGACUGUUAUCCUCCAUGCGUGUUAAGCUGUAAAGUACGUGCCACAGCCACCCCCAACAUGGUGCUUUAUGUGUCUCGGACUACAGCUCCCAUCAGCCCCAGGCGGCCCAGGCUGGAGGUGAUGGGACGUGCUAGCCAAAGCAUCCAGAGGGCACCACAUUGGCGAAAGCUGCUCCAGCAGCUGUUGCCAGGGUACCGAUUCCAUUGCUUAUUACAAUAACAAGAUGUUUGCCACCCCCGUGAAAAGAUGCCAGGUGGGCUGCAUCCUUCCUCAUUUGCCCCGCUUGACACUUUUCCUUGUGAACUACGUCACCCGCCAUCCCCGCAGCCCACUCGCCAGUUCUGACACAGUCGCAUGACUCCCCCACACACCUCGCAUUGCGCGCUGCCAGCUUCCCUUGCCACGCAGUGCCCAUCUUCACGUCAUUUCAUGCACAGGCAAGCUCAGCACUCUGCCGCCUCCCCGUGUAUCCCUGCACAUAGAGUACAUUCUGCUGCUCCAUCAGAUUUUUUAAAAAAUAGGAGAAGAGACUGUAGAUUAAAUGCAAUGACGUAUUUAACAUCGCACUGAGUGACGGUGCUGCUGGAAUUAUUCUUUGGUGUGCGCUUGUGUAUAUGCACAGCCAUCGUUUGUCAGCAGGGCUGAUGUUUUUCUGAGAUGGGUUAUCGGGCAUCUCUUCCGGUCCAGGCUGAAGGCCUAUUCCUUGAAGGAUAGGCUACAAAGAGCCAUAACAUUGACGCUGAGGGAUCUACUGCUUAUGUCGUUCCUGGAAAACUGUAGCUGAGCAAGAGAGGUUGCGGACUUCCUAAACAGUCUUCUGCUUCAUGGGGAUGAGGAGAAGGGGAACUUGGGAACAGCAUAGAGAUAAGAGUAUUUGAAGAUGAGUUGGCCUGAAACCAGAGGCCCAGCCAGAAUCCAUCAAAGCCUCUUGUACAAACGCUCCACCCAGCCUUCCUCUGGGAUAUGAUACUGCAGCAAAAGCAUAAAAUAAUCCAAACCACUGUGGGAAGAAUUGUAGGAGGGAGGAGGGAGGGAAGGCAAUUGAGGCAGCGGCUUUUGGCACAGAUAGACAGAGGGCUGAGAGGAAGAGAAUGGGGGCGAGGAGGUGGCAACCCAUGACUUUUCUCUCUGUCACAAAUUCAUAAUAAAAAGCUAGACCAACCAAUCCCCAAAUCCCUCGAGUCUCAAAGCUAAAAAUAUCCCCACAGAUCCCUCUCCAGCAGAGAAUACAUCAUAAGACCCUGCUAUUUACAGGGCCAGGAGUUGCUUUAUAUAGAACGACGAGUAGGAUAAAACCAUGAGAGCAUUAGAGGGGAUGAUGGGAGGACAAGAGGCUCUCCAGGCACCAAGGACAACAAACUGUGACAGCUUCUGCAUAAUUCCUUAUCCAGACUGAAUGAAGUCAUCAUCACCACCACCAUCAUUUCCACCUAAGUUCAACCUAAUUGCUGUUUACCUUCCCUGAGCAGUUUGUAAAGGAUACUUUGGGGCUUGGCUACUGAGCAAAAGAAGGUUUCAAAUGAGUUCCCCUGUGGGAGAGAUUUCCUGAAUCUUGCGGUUCUCUUGAAAGGUCUCACACAGGCCACAGGAACAGCCUUAAUGCAGAUUAAACCAGUAGCCCAAAUAAAGUAUUUAGGGAAAGAAUUGUGUCUGAACUAAAACUUGGAUGGAAGCCACACCCUUUGGUGAGAAAAACCUUUACGUUUAAUCCCAAGCACAAGUGGUUAUGUGCAAUGAGGGCAAGGCAUUCUGCAUAUGCUCAGAGGAACUGCCCUCUCCAGCUGCUCUACAAAUGCAGAACCAAACAGACCCCAGUGAUGCAUAAACUCAUGAACCGUUGGUGGAAAUAACUACUGCAGUUGAGCAGGUUGAAUAAACCUGGCUGGAGCAAUAUAGGAUGCUCCUCUAGAUGACACAUGAUCUCUGAACUACAUAGUUUCUGGAAUAUAUUGUAGUAUAUUUUUGUGGAAUAUUCAUGGCUGUGUGUGUUCUGUAAUCAUAAUUUAUGAGUGUCAAAUCUGGUAUGGAAUGUAGAAUUUACCAAAUUCAAAGCAUCCCAGUUUCCCUUUUAUUUUUAAAACAAGCUUCUAGCUCCUUAGGUUUCAAAUAUAAACUUGAAAGUGCUUGUGCAAUGCCUUGGGGGAUCUCAGAAGCCUGAAGUGGAUGUGAGUAAGAUGCUGGUACAGCUCUUUGCAAUUGUCUUUUGACCAGCAAAAGAAGAAUAAAUCAUGCAAAAUAAAUGUGCACAAUUUAUAUAUUACAUGCGCUUCUUGGUCCAGCUGCUGAUGAAACCAGUUGUUUGGCAGAACUACACAGAAUAUCCCUUUCAUGUUCCUGGAAGACAGAGAUUUAUUUAUUUUUUAAAAGACAUCUUUAUUGAAAGUUAGAAAACAUGGUACCAUGCACUAAACAUGGUAAGUAAAAGAGAGUAAAAGAAGAAGAGAAACAGCAAAGCAAGUGGGGGUGGGGAAAGAAAACCAAAACUGUAUACUUUACAAAGUUUUUAUUGUAAUUCACCAGAUCUUAACCUUCUACAGUAUUUGUAAGGAUGGAUUCCAAAUAUCAUUGAAUUUGUCCAUGGCAAGUCUGUGAUAAUAUGCAAGUUGUUAAUAUGUUGUGAGUUUGUUUAACUCUUCAAUACAAAUGUAGAAGGGAGCUGCAUUUUUAUUUUUCCAAUUCAUCAAUAUGAGUCUUUUUGCUGUGGUGAGAGUCCACUCAUAUUGUCCUUUUGCGAGGUUCCAUGUGCUGGAUAUAUAAUUCAAAAGGAUAUUUUACACUGUAAACGUAAGAUUAUUCUGUACAGUUCUGUUGAUAGUUUCAGUUACCUUCUGCCAAAAAUAUUUCAAUAUAGGACAGUGAAAAAAACCAUACGUUUUAGAGAAGACAGAGAUCUUAAACUCUGAGCAUUAGUGUAGUGGAAGCGCUAAGCAUGUAAGCUGAAAAACCCAGAUUUCACUUCAGCCAUGAACUCGGUGGGUUCUUUAAGCAAGUCACCACUGUUGAUCUUCACUUUCCAUCUGCAAUAUGAGAAUAACAGUGCUAAUCUAUUUGCAUAGUUGUUGCAAAUAUUAAUUUAUGCAAGGUCCUUUAAAUACCUAAAAUGCAGCAAUGCAUGGUUACUAGAUCCACCAUUGCAGUCUCAUGAGGUGCAACCUGGCAAGGAUAUUUCUGAUGCUGUUAAUUUACAUUGGUGCCAGUGGCUUUCUCCCUGCAAAGAAAAUCUCAGCUGCAGAUGAUAAUUUUUUAUCAGAACUGCAGCAAGGGAUAGAAGGGUUACAUUUCUACCAUGCCUUCUGUCACCCCUAUAAUUACCAGCUCUCAGCUAAUGCUAUUUGCAUUUUCAAAAUCCUGCUUGGUAAAUUGACAUCUUUGGAAUGCAUGUCCGCUGUCAGAAGGAGGGAAUAUUUUUCAAAGGUGUGUUGUAAAUGUGUUAAAACCAGGUCAUAUGUGAGCAUACAGCUCUCCAGGGGCCUGGGGGAAGAAGGAAGUAGGAAGAAAAGUUGUUCAGGUAGUCCUUAUUUGCAAAAUGAGACAGGUAGGGCUCAAACAUAAUUUAGAAGCUGUUGCCUUUAAUCUGCAAAUAUUUACCCUUCUCAGUCCUAGAUAUGCAAAGGCUGGCUGGUAGGCAUUUUGUACAUGCUCAGACGCUGUGGGCAGAAACAUUCCGGCAAAUUGUAUGGCAGCUAUGAGUGCUGUUUUUGAACCAGAGCCCGGGGUUUGAACCCUGGUUCAGAUUUAACCCUGCAUGAAGGGAAAAGGUCCCCUACACUAGUUCCUUUUGGUUUUUGAACCUUCAUUUCUGAACAUUUUCCAUUUGUCUUCCAUGCUUGAACCAUGAGAUCUAGAAACUUGAUGAGAGCCUGAGGAAGCAAAAUUAUGCACCAUGUGCGUUGACUGCGAACUUUUAUGAGCAUCAUAAAAAAACGAAGAGCAAAGGGUUGCGAUGGCAACCAUAAUGGAGUCUGGGAAAACAGUCUCUUUCUCACACAUGCAAGCAUUUUGUUUUACAUUGUGGCCGGGUGGGCAGCCCAUGAACCAUGGGUUAGAAAUCCAAAUGUGGUUUGCAUUUCCCAUCCCAACUCCAGAAUCUGUGGCCUUUGUUGGACCCAAAGAGUUACACCAUUGUUCUUCCAAUCUUGCAAAUGUGGUUGUGGCUGUUCCUUAGGCCCCAGGUCUAUUCCGAGUUAUUUACCCUUUUAAGCAGUUGGGAGCUUUUCGUGGACAUUAAAGAGCCUGGAAAUAAAGAAAAGCCUCCCCCCCAUCUUCUGCUGGAUUUAUGCCUACAUUAACAAUCCUCCCCCUCCAUCCCAUUCUUUCAUUUGUGUUGCCUGAUGCAUAGAGGGCGUUUUGUAUUCAGGAUCCAGCAGGACAAGGGAUAAUGACAAAUGCCACCACUCCCAGCAGAAAUGCAACCAGACAAUCCUGCCAGUUCUCUUGGCCAAAAUAGGGCAUCUCCAGGACUCUUGGGUCCACCCCAUCCUCUGUUCCCAAUACUUCCAUGUAGACUUUAUCCACUGUCUGGCAGCAUCUCCUGCAGCCAUUGCUUUCUGAGAUGACAUUGAGAAGGUUUCGCUGUAAGUUUUGUGCUUUUCAUUAUUUAGCCGUGAUAACCAUCUAGUGCCUCCUUCUUCAGAAGGAGUCGGCCACUAAAUACCAGGUAUUGGGGAAAACAGCAUUGGAGGGCUGUUGAUUUCAUGCCUGAUGCCUGUAGGCUUUCAGUUGACGUCUGCUUGGCCUCUGUAGGAAACAGGAUUCUGGACUAGAUCUGAACGUUUCAUCUGAUCCAGCAGGGCACUUAGAACCAUAGAGUUGGAAGGUACCUCAAGGCUCACCUAGUCCGACCCCCAGCAAUGCAGGAAUCCCAGCUAAAGCAUCCAAGACAAAUGACCAUCCAACCUCUGCUUAAAAAUCUCCAAUGAAGGAGAGCCCACAGCCUACUAAGGGAGACCGUUCCACAGUCGAAUAGCUCUUACUGUCAGAAAGUUCUUCCUGAGGUUUAGUCGGAAUCUCUUUUCUUGUAACUUGAAGCCAUUAGUUUGAGUCCUGUCCUCCAGAGCAGGAGAAAAGAAGCUUUCUCCAUCUUCCAUGUGACAGCCCUUUAGAUAUUGCAAGGUGGCUAUGAUAUCUCCUCUCAGUCUCCUCUUUUCCAGGCUAAACAUACCCAUCUCAUAAGGCUUGGUUUCCAGACUCUUGAUCAUCCUGGUCGCCCUCCUCUGCACACGUUCCAGAUUGUCUAUAUCCUUAUUAAAUUGUGGUGCUCAGAACUGGGCUUGCUGUACUCUUAUCUGCAUGUAGCACUUUUAAAAGCGCACUUUCUCAGACCAAGUAGAAUUGCUGCGUCUCUUUUCAGGUAUUUAAAGUGCCUUACAUUAUCCAAGUUAUUCUGACAGCCUGUAGCAGCUCAUGGCUUGACUGAGAUUUGAACCAGAGUGACUCCUAAUUCAUGUUCUUAACCCCUUGUGGUACGCCAGCUUCCUUUGCAAUCUCUUAUCUUGCACAUCCUCAUGUCAUUUCUGGUAGGUCACUCUUAUUUCCACUUUACAGGUGGGAAGCCAGGAGAUAAGCAACUUGCACAACAUGCCCAAGCAAAUCCACGUCUAAAAUGGGACUUGAGUCCUCAAGUUCAGCUCCAGCUCUCCUUCCAGUGGACUUCCCAGGCUGAAAUGCUGUCUGCAGGCCACAGUUAUUAACUCAAAAUAGCCAGGGAUUCCAUAUGCCAGGGUAUUUCAAAAUGGGAAGCACACCAUGUAGGGGAAAGAGGAAACCAUUUUGGACAUCUCAGUAGUAAUAGGCAGGCAAACAUUCAGGGCAACGGCAGGAGUUGACUUUGGUAAUCUUUUGUAAUAUGAUGCUCCAUGCAAGGCCAAAAUUUGGCGCCCCAAAAUAGAUCUUCUCAAUUUUGCACCCCCAUGGCUUGGUGUCCUGUUCUGGGAAACCACCUUAAAUCCGGUGCUGACUUGAGAGGUGGGCAAGUGUGUGGGUCAGCACCCCAUUAGGGUUACUGAAAUGGAUAUUUGUGGUCAUAAGCCCCAUAACUGCUGUAGAGGUCAGUUCCCAAACACUGGAGUUGGGAGGGGGGACAGAAGGGAGACCAGUGAAUCGUAAGAGUUAGAAGCAACCUCAGAUAUAAUAUUAUUUCAACCACCUGCUGAUGCAGGAAAUCUGCUACCUUCUUCCUUUAUUGUGGGACCGGCCCUACCAUUAGGUAGAGUGAGGAGGCUGCCUCCGGUAGUGUAUGGAUAUGUGGUGAGGUUUCAUUGCCUGCCUUGGGCCUUCCAAGCUAAUCCACUGCCCAAGAUACUAUGGACAGCACUGUCCUGUUACCAGUUUUGAAGUAAGUUCUGUCUGCCAAUCCACUCAGCUUCUCUCUACGGAAUGGAAGGGGAGGGCUGGUCCAACCCGAUAGAAGGCCUUCCAGCCUCUUCUUAAGUGGUUCCUGUGUUGAAUUACGAUCAGGAAGAACUGGACCAUUAACUCCCCAACAUCCAUGGAGCUCACAGGGUGACGCUGGGCUAGGCACCAUCCCCACAAAGCUGCUGUGAAGAUGAAAACGCAGUGAAUACCAUGUACACCACCCCGAGAUCCCAAGAUCAGGAGUGAGGAAGCUCCAGUCCAGGGCCGAAAUGCGGACUUCUAGACCUCUUUGUGGCUCUUUGGAACUCUCCUCAGGCCACACCCUUGACUGGCGCUGCUUUGUACCCCAAACAUUUUUGCCAGGCUGGAAUGUGUCCCUGAAGUCUGAUAAUACUUCUUGCUUGCCCAGAUGAAGAAUAAGGGAGCACUUGAGUGGAUGUAGAAACUUGCCUGCUGCACAAAAUGUAAAAUUUCCUUUGGUUGCUCCACUCGUUCUCAUCUCUGGCUCCAUCCACCACUGGCAGGUGGCCCUCAAAAGCUUGCCCUGGAGGGAAUGUGGCCCUUGCCCUGAAAAAGUUUCCCAACUCCUGCCCGAGAGAAAGAGCGCACUAAAAAUGCAAUCUUGUAAAUUAUAAUAUGAUCUGUGUGGCACCGAGGAGGAAGACAUGGCAGGAGGGUUCCUUCCUUUGAUUUAUUAAAAGAGUUGCCGUUUUAUAGCCCAUCUUCCUAUGACUCAGGCAUCCAAGGUGGCUUUCUCCUCUUGUUCCCUUGAGAACAUGUGAAGCCACUGAUGGCGCGGCCAGCCCACCUGCUUCCAACUUCUUCCCGUUUGCCAAAAAUCUUCCCUGCGUGUACACUGAAUAGAGGAAUUAGGAGGGAAAACCUCAGGUCUCUUUUUUCCUUCCCUUCGGUCCCCGCACUUGCAUUCAGGCCCCGUCUUCGUUGUGUAAUGAAUGAACCAUGAGAGCCGGAAGGAUUAAGCAGGCGGUGGGGAGCCCUGUUGCCCAUUUGAUGGUCUCGGUGGCAGCCGGGUUGGGAGGUCGGCGUUUCGGGGACAGGGAUGGCGGGGGGAGUGGGGCUGCAUUCUCCCAGCUGUGAAUGCGCUCAGGCCCCCAUUGGCUAGUUGCCAUGGGAAAGAGACCCCAGCAGCAGGGGCAGGUAUUUCUCUUUCCCCUCCCCUCCUUAAAAACAGCUUGUAGCACACAGGGGCAGCAUUGUGUGCGGAUGCCUAGCAGUCUUGGCGAACAUGCCAUCCCAGUGAGGCAAUCUCAGCAGUGUGUGUGAGAUGGUGAGACCAUCAGUCACAGGGGAAAAGGGAGAAUGGUACGUUCUCUUCUCUUCUGCUCCUGUCUUAGCCUGCUUGCACACCAUCUAUUUAAAGCACAUUCCCCCUGCCCAGCAAGAAUCCUGGGAACUGUAGUUUCCCCUAUCGCAGAGCUAUAUUUUCCAGCCUCUUUAGCCAGUGACGGUUCCCGGUAUUCUUUGGUGGGGUAUACUUUAAAUGUGCAGUGUGUACGCAGCCUUAGCAAAUAAGAAGGAAAAGUAUGCAUACAGACCGCUUUCCUCCCAUCCAUAAAUGGACAGAAUAGUAAACAUCACCAGAUAAAAGGAGGAAGGGAAGUGGUGAACAAGACACUGUCUCUGACCCUCCCUGUAGUCAUGGGGCGGUCAGGACCCAUCUCCAGCUGCUCAUCUCGCCUGCUGGCUAUCUGUGUGAGUUACAUAAUGGCAUUUCAGUGUUAGUGGCCGGCUGCCCAGAUGGCUAAUGAAAUCUCAUCAGGGAAUUUAUCAGCAGGUUUGUUAAUUUACCCCAGGGAAUCAAUCCUGACACGUCUCUCCGAUGCUAACAUAAGACAUUCUGUGCAAGCUCUGGCAUGUACUGACACAGUACCCAUCAGUCCCAUCUCUCUUUGUCUGGACGCCUGACCCUUUCUGUGGCCUGGCUUCCUGGCGCAUUUCCUUGGUGUUUGUGUGUGUGUGCUAGGAACAAGGAAGAGGAGGAGCAGACACAGAGCAAUGGGCCCGAAUGCAAUGUGAGCUGAUACAGGAUUGCACAAUUGUGAAAUAAGACCAGAGAUUUAAUUUCAGUUGCAGUAAGCCCAUAAUUUAUGUGCAUUAAAUUGUGUGUGCAUUGUGUGCAUGACCAAAAUAUAUCAAAAAAUUAAAAGAGAUGGAAAGGGAGUGGGGGUUCCAGGAAAAAUGGCUUUGGCAAUCCCACUCGACAUUGAACUUUGACUAUACACAAUUUUGGCUUUAGAUGUGAUCCCUGGAAUGUUAACCCCUGUGUAAUUUGCGGGUUUACUGUACUAGGGUGGAUAGAGAAAAGUUUUUCUUCCUCUCUCAUAACACUAGAAAUUGAAUGUUGGAAGAUCCAGGACAGAUAAAAAGGAAGUACUUAUUCAAAAUUGUUCUGUGGAACUCACUUCCAUAGAAGGCAGUGAUGGACACCAAUGGCUUUAAAAGAGGAUUUGACAAAUUCAUGGAAGGCAAGGCUAUUAGUGACUACUAGCUACAAUGAAUAGGUUCUGCCUCCACUGUCGGAGGGAAUUGCUGGGAAUGACAUGUGGGCAGAGUGCUCUUGUUCUCAUGUCCAUCUUGCACACUUCCCAUAGGCAUCUGGCUGGCCACUGUGAGAUCAGGAUACUGACCUUAAUGGGCUAUUGGCCUGAUUGGCAGAGUUGUCUUAUAUUCUUCUGUUGCCCCGUUGAAGCAGAAAACUUGAACAUUGGCUGUAUCAGAGUUCUGAGAACGGUGUUGUUAUUUUUGCUAAUAUUCUCAGCCAGAAUUCAAGUCAACUGAAUAUGGUUCUUUGUCUGGAGUAAGACCGUGGAUGCAAAUGGUGCUACUUAAAGCAACGUGACCACAUAGUGAUGGCCACCAACUUGGGUGUCUUUGAAAGAGGAUUGGACACAUUCAUGGAGGAUAGGGCUAUCAGUGGCUACCAACCACGAUGGCUAUGCUGCACCUCCAUGGCCAGAGAGAGGAUGCUUCUGAAUACUGGUCGCCGAGAAUUGCAAGUAGGGAGAAUGGUCCUGCUCACUGGCUACCUACAGGCAAUGGUUGGUCACUGGGAGAAAAGGAUGCUGGACUAAAUGGACCUUUGGCGUGAUCCAGCAGGGCACAUCAUACAUACACAAAGGUGCCUGGACACCCAGAAGGACACACACACAUAGCCUGCAUAGGAGGGCUUAGAGAGGCCUUGGACAAGAUGCUUUCAGUGGAGCCAUUACUGUUGCUACUGACCAUUACUGCUUCUCCUGCUGGUCCUAAUCUGCACUGCCUUCCAAAGGGGAGAGGACAAGGCGAGUGGAGAUUAGGAAGCUGCCUUAUACUGAGCCAGACCAUUGGCCAAUCUAGCUCAUAUAUGUUGCAACAUUCAGCCUUUUUUGGUGCCGAAUUUGGGUUACCACGGCUUGGAAGUUUUUAUUUUUGUAGAGAAGAAGUCCAGUAUUUGUCUCUUACUAUGUUGGUUCGAUCUGGGGAACUUCGCAGGAGUUGCAUUCUUGUGGGAAAUGAAUGUUCUCUCCCACCCCCCACCCCCCCGCGCGCUCUGUUGGAAUGAAGUUUUGUAGCUUUGCAUUAGAGAACACACAACAGGUGUCCUGACCGAGUCGAUGGCUUUGUGUGAAAUCCAACAACUUUGCCUCCAGCGUUUAGCCUUGGGAGGGCCUGUUAUUAGAGCCCCACAAGCCCUUUUCAUCACUCAUUUGCUCUUGUUUUAAUUGCUGGCUGCUUUCUGUGGGAAAACUCAGCUAAGCAGCUGACUGGUCUGGCCUGUUAGUAAAGGAUUCCAGUUGUGAUACAGCUGGGGCUUUGCUGGAAUAAAAGGAAAUGGCCCACCAUGGUGGAAGAGGCAUGUAGAAGCACCUCCUAGGCAUGCUUACUUGGAUAUAAGAACAUCCAAAACUGCUUUAUUCAAGGUCAGACUGGAAUUUUAUCCCAUUAAUGUCAAGGGUGCUCCCCAGCCAAAGAAAUGCACAUAGGAGCUAGUUUACUCUUUAUUGUCAAAACUGACAGAGUCAUUUCUACUGCUCUGAAUACCCAUGCGAACCAGUCUAGCAUCUGUGCAGCUAUUCCCAGGUCUGCACUAUACAGAUCAGUUGCAGCAACAGGAGGCCAUGCUUAUGCAUCUUCCCCCGACGGGCUCUGCAUGCAGCCAGAGACUAUGCCUGCAUGCAAGCUGCCUCUGCUCUUUCCACUUCAAUUCUGUCCUGCUUCUGGGAGACAGUGUUGCAGGAAAGAGUGGGGAAGCACCCAGCCCUUCACUUGCCUUUCCUGCCUCUUCCUCCUGUGCUCCACUCUCCAGUUCUGAAGCUCCCCCUGCCUCUGCCUCUUGCCCCCUGGCUGGUACAGGUCCCCACAAACCACUGACCCCUCUCCUGAGUGAGGCUCCUGCCACCCUUCCUGUCAGUGUCCUGCCAGUCCUUGAAAAUGAAGCACAGUAUUGUCUAUUCUCAUCUUCCAGGGUCUUGGCCAAAGGGCUUUCCCAUCAUCUGCUCCCUGGUUCCUUAGUUUAGCUGAAGAUGCCAGGAAUUGAACUUGGGACCUUGUCCCUGAAAAGCAGGUGCUCUACCACUGAGCUAUAGCCCUUUCACAUGAGUAAGUUCCAUCCAUGACUACUUCUUCAUCGGGAGUAUGCUGGACUCACUGCACAAUACAUACUUGUGCAUCCUUACUACUAUUAGUCACUGUGAAAACUGCCAGGGGUGGGGAUGGUGGUGGCUGGCAGAAUAGUCUCCAUGGAGGUAUAUAUCUUUCCUUCCUCCCGAGUUCCCCCAUUCUUGAGUCGUGUAAUAUUUGGAAUAAAAUGACAUGUUUACCCUUCCGGAUCAGCUAGGAAAAUAAGGAAGCGGACGUCUACUGAUUUGUGCUUCUAGCUCAGUAUUGUCCACACUGGCAGGCCGUGGCUCUUCAUGGUUUCAGACCAAACACACUCCCAGCCCUACCAAGAGAAGCUGGGGGUUGGAACUGGGAUGUUUUGCAUGCUCAGCAGAUGCUUUGCUACUGAGCUGUGGCCUCUGCUUCCUGUGCUUCAGCACACAUUCCAGUGUUGACUGGUGACCUAGGAAAGCCACUGUCAGCAGCCAGAGUCAGGUGCAGAUCAGCAAUAAAAACAACAACACUGUGUCUGUGAAGUCAACUCUUUAUUCAAAGGUACCAAAACAACACAGGUGAUCCCAUAAACAUUUGCUUGUAGGUUUUGUCCCAAUGAGGCAGUUGCAAGGUCUGAAGGUCCCUGCCUUCCCACAGUUGCCCAAGUCCCAGGGGUCCCCCCCCCCCAUGCAGUCAUAGACUGCAGCUGCAUGCAACCAAUCUUUCCUUUGUCAUUUUCAUUUCUCACUGUGUUCUAGGUGACCAGAGGGUAGGGGAGCUAGUUGCAGCAGGAGUGGGAGACCCCCUGGAUUCUUCAGCAACCUGCCUCAUGGCUCCUCUCCUCUGCAGCUUCCUCUUCUGUCUCUGAGUCUGGACUGCUCUCUGCCACAGUCUCCUCCUGCUUACUAAACCCUGUUACCUCUUCAGCUUCUGACACCACCUCCUGCCAGUCUGCUCCCUCUUCUCCCUAUGACCACUCAUCUUCGUCCCACCACCACUCCCAUGGCUCUGAGCCUUCUUCCCCUGGGUUUCCCCAGCUGGUGCCUCCCACCACUCAUCUGCAUUCAAGCAGUCCAUGACUGCCAUGCUUGUUAGCUGAUGGACAUGUGUCAAGAAGGCUGCAUGAGCCUUGCUUAGCCCAGCAGCUGUAUCCCCCUUUUCUGGUAGCUGCUGCAGGAUCUCCUGAGUUUUCUCUUGAAAUUUGGCACUGAAUACCUUAGUCCCAGUAGAGAGACACAGCCUUGUCUGGUUCCUCCUACUUCUUUUUUUCCACAGCCAACACAAAGUUCAACAGUUGCUGCUGUUUGGCUGAAAUUUCCCCUGAAGCAACAGACAAGGCUGCUGAGCCUGAGACACAGACAAUUAAAAUGUUCACUGUUUGUUUGGUUUCCUUGGUUAUGGCACUGCCCAACUCAGUAAUCACAUUUUCCUUAUACCAGCCAGACUGGUCCCUGCCUCGAUGGCUAUUGAGUCAAGAAGCUUGGAGGCAUCUGAGAUUUGCUGCGGAAAAUCUCAAAGGCAAAGUCCAAUGGCUACCCAGUUUUGUUGUGCCUCCUCUGUUGCUUUGAUCAUUGACCUCUGGAUUUCUCCCCAAAAUGGGAGAUUGGCCCAACCCUUGUCCUGUUCAUAACACGCUGCGAUUGAUUGUUGAGCUUCUUGACUGGUACUUUUCCCUCUUCUGUGGUUUUCAUCAUGGAAAGAAUUAAAAGACUCAUUUUUUUGUUGUUAAGAAAAAAAACUGAGCAGGAACUGAGUUAUCUGUGUUCAAGAGGAAAUCUUUUUAUGGGUUUAGGGAAGUAUGCUGAUGGACUGAAGAAAAGUGUGAGCAUAAAACAAAAGAAGCAAUAAGCAAGCAAGCAGACUUGGCAACUUUUCUACUUCAAGUGGAUACCCAAGAGCUCACCACCUUCCUUCCCUUUAAAAUUAUAGGGAUGGAGGGGAAAUUCAUUUGGAAACCUACUUAAUUCACAUUUCUUGAACCAAUUGUGAACUGAAAUAAAGCUAUCCUUCAAAAUUCUCCAAAUUUUGCAGUGCAGUUCUCCAGGCAAGAAAACAUGUACCAAAAAAUCCCUGUAUUUGAUAAAGUAGUUAUUGUUGUGAACUGAUGCAGAAAUGAGGUGAAUUGAAUUUAAGAUUGGAAAAAUGAGAAACCAGAAUUGACAGACUCAUUCUUCCCUAAUCCUAAUGCUAAUUUAAAAAAAUAUUCUGGCCAGGUCCCUAACUCAUAUUACUGGCAAUUUAGUUGCCCAGUACUAGAUCAAAGUGAAACACUUUGGAACCCAGCUCUGCCCUUGUGUAAGUCCACUUAGAUUACAAGGGAGCUGACUCUUUGCUUUGAUCUAGCAAUUUCAUAAACCAGGCAGAACCUGGUUUGCUUUUUAGCACAUAUCUAAAAAUACUAUCUGAACGAAUGCAGAUGCUAAAUUUGCAAAUAUUAAAAUGUCUACCACAGUUUUCUGCUUUCAUCAUGGGUCAAGGCAGUGGAAACUGGAGGUGUUGCUCCCAUCUAGUACUGUGAGGGAAAGAUUUAAACCUCUCCCCUUGAUAAUUUCAAAAAUUACAUAUGGAACAGGGCUACCAGAUAAUGAACUGUGAAGAUGACGUAGAUAGCAGAGGAGGGUGAACCUCUGUGUGCCCAAGCUUCCUUCAGUCUACUGAGUCACAGGAUGGCUGGGUCUGAAUCAACCUUCCCCCAACCUGAGUCCCUCCAUAUCAUUUUGGACUACAGCGCUCAUUAUCCCUGACCAGUGACCAUUCUGGCUGGGGCUGAUGGGAGUUGUGGUAAAAAGUAUCUGGGCACCUGGUUGGAGAAGACUGGUUCUGAGCAUAGAUUCUCAAAAUGUGGACUGUGGUCCUUUGGUGGUCCAUAGUUCCAUCCAAGUGGUCCACAGAAAGGAACACUUUAGAAUAUCUAUACUUGGCGCUGCACUUUAUUGAUUCUUUUCCAAUUGUGGAGAUCAAGGACUCUUUUUUUGCCAAGGCUGGCUCACUUAACAAGGCAUGUGAUUUUCAUAACAGAGACUUGGUACAAUCUCCUAAUUUUUUUCCAUAACAAUUUGCUAGUUAAAGAAACUCUUCUCAGUGUCUGGGUCUAGGGCUCAUAUUUUUCACAGUACUAUAUUGGUUUUGACAAUGAUGCCUGUGCUUAAGUGGGGGGAAAGUGUGGUUAAAAUAUGAGCUCUUUAUGUGGUUUGACUGGUAGAACAACUUCCUUAUUAUGUGGCCUAUCAAGAUUCCCAGCAAUUUCCCAAUGAUCCCUGGAAGAAAGAAAGAAAGAAAGAAAGAGAAUUCAGAACCAAUGGUUUAGAAUAUACUUAAGCCUAAUGACUGCUCUCCAUGCUGCUUACUGUCAGGCUUGUUCAGAGCAGAGAUAGAACAGGGGUAGCCAACCAGGGGUCCUCCUGAUGUUGUGCUCAGAAACUCCCAUCAUCCGAGACCAUAUAACACCGGUCCUGAAAGACCUACAUUGGCUCCUAGUACGUUUCUGAGCACAAUUCAAAGUGUUGGUGCUGACCUUUAAAGCCCUAAAUGGCCUUGGCCCAGUAUACCUGAAGGAGCGUCUCCACCCCCAUCAUUCUGCCCGGACACUGAGCUCCAGCACUGAGGGCCUUCUGGUGGUUCCCUUACUGUGAGAAGCAAAGCUACAGGGAACCAGGCAGAGGGCCUUCUCAGUAGUGGCACCCACCCUGUGGAACGUCCUCCCAGCAGAUGUCAAAGAAAUAAACAACUACCUGACAUUUAGAAGACAUCUGAAGGCAGCCCUGUUUAGGGAAGUUUUUAAUGUCUGACAUUUUAAUGUAUUUUUAAUCUUUGUUGGAACCCACCCAGAUGAGCGGGGUACAAAUCAUUUAUUAUUAUUAUUAUUAUUAUUAUUAUUAUUAUUAUUAUUAUCCUUGAUCCCUGACCAUGCUGGCUGAGGCUGAUGGGAGUUUCCACACACAACAUCAGGAGGACACCAGGUUUGAUACCGCCAGCCUAGGAAACCUACAAAAAGCUUGAAGUACGAAAGGCUGUUGUCCAGAGAGGUUAUGCAUGCCCUCUGACAAUUCUUCAUAGGUGGGAGAAAUGUGAAAAAACACACCCAAGAAAGGGAUGCAAAUUAUUUGUCAGCUUGGAAAGAAAGGUGGCUGACAAGGGUAGAUAAGAGCCCAAUGCCUCUCUGUUUUCCAUCACCUUUCUCCCAACUACCCUGCUAUAGCUCUGCAGCAAGUAGUGUAGCUGGUUUGGUUAGACAGAAGCUGGAGGUCCCUCCUACUCCCGGAGUUAGAGGUAGUUUGAAAAACAGAAUGCUGCCUGUGAACUGCAUGGUCAUUCUGUUUUCACCUUUGGUAAACAGGUUUUGCAGGUUUUGUUUAAGAAACCUACCCAGACCCUUAGAUCUUCCUCUGAGGCCCUGCCCUGAGUCCCUCUUCUGAGGAAGUCUGGGGUGAUGGCAAGGGAAAUGGCCUUUUCAGUUGUGGCCCCCCCAUUUGUGGCAUGCUCUCCCCAGUGAGGUCUGUCUGGGGCUCUCACUAACAACUUCUUGGUGUCAGAUUAAAACCCAUGAUGUUGGUUGUUGGUUGUACUUGAUGAUUUUUUGCUGAUGAAAUGUUUGCUGAGGUUUAUUGGGGACUGUCAGUGGAUCUUUUUAUGAACUGCUACAUCUUUUUAUUAUAAUGUCUUCAUUUUAUGCUUGCUUGCUUGUUUAUUUUGUAUACCUCCUAACCAGCAGGUCUCUCAUGGCGGUUCACACUUAAAAAAAAAAAGUGUAAGACCCCUGGAGACUUUUUUUUUGCGUAGCAAGUGAUUAAUAAGUCACUCGCAAGUUCAAAUCAUCAUCGGUAAUAAUAAUAAAAUACUUCUUGAAGACCAGUGACAUUAUGGCAAAGAAACGCGUGCAGACUGAACCUUCUCUCAAAGCAGUUUAAACUCUCAUUAAAAUUCUGCCUGCCCACUUACCCUGCAUCUGGCUCUGGGAAGUGUUUCCCUUCAGAUAAGAAACGAGAGGAAGCUGCUUCUGAUUUCUUUUCCUCUCUCUGGUUCCUUUGCAGCCGACAUGGACAAUGGACAGCGAGGGCUGGAUGCAGAGCAGAUGCAGCAACAGCAGCUCAAGCUACGGGAGAGGCAGAGAUUCUUUGAGGAGGUUUUCCAACAUGACGUAGAUUUCUUCUUCCCAGUAUCACAUCUGCAGAUAGAGCACAGGAGACGUAAGUACCACUGGGGAGGCGUCAUAGGAGGUGCGUUAGACUAUGGAACACAGUUGCCCCAUUUGCAUGUGAAAAAUUAACAGGUGAUGGCCAUGCAGCACGACAUCUGAUGGCUUCUGUCUCUUUGCUAGCUCCCUUAGGCAGCAUUUCCUCCAUGGAGGUGAAUGUGGACAUGCUGGAACAGAUGGACAUGAUGGACCUUUCUGACCAAGACACUGUGGAUGUGUUUCUCAGCUGCGGGACGGAGGACAAUAACAACGUAGCUGCUCUUUUGCCAGGUUUGUUCAGUUCCCAUUAACUGACCCACAUCAACUUCUAGCUGCAUCCAACUCUUUCUGUGGCCUGUUGAAAUAUAACUCCUUCUUUUUUAAAAAAAAUAAAAAAUUAUUGGUUUUACAUAUAUUUUCCAAAUAAAACAUAACAUAACAUCUCUCAUCUUAUACCACAUUUUGGCUAUAAGCCUAGGACUUCCAUCAACCACGUCUAGUGAUUUUCGACCUUCAUCUCUUAGUCUUGCAUCUCCUCUUAACUGUUGCUUUUAAUAAUCCAUACUUUAGAAUCCAUUCUCCUAAUUUUUUUCUGUAAUAUUUCGUAUAGUUCUCCCUACAAAACCUCUUGUAAUCCUACAAGCAUAGUCAGCUGAUUACAAUUGUUUUUCAAAUAACUUGCAUAUUUACUCCAGUCCUUCAAGAAUUUCUGGUCCUGCUGGUUUCAAAUUCUUCCUGUCAUCUUAUCCAAUUCUGCGUAGUCCAUUGAUUUCAUCUGCCAUUCCUCUUUUGUCGGCAAUUCUUCCUGCUUCCAUUUCUGUACCAAUAAUACUCUUGCUGCCGUUGUCGCAUAUAAAACAGUUAAUAUCCAUGCCUACAAUCCCAAGUAAAUAUGCUUCUGUUUUUUUUUUUUAUAAAUGUAUAUUUCAACAUCUUUUUCAUCUCAUUAUAAAUAAUUUCCCAGAAACCUUUCACCUUUUUACAUUCCCACCACAGAUGAUAGAAAGUACCUUCUUUUUCCUUACAUUUCCAACAUUUGUUACUUGUUUUAUACAUUUUAGCUAAUUUCACUGGUGCAAUAUACCAUCUGUACAUCAUUUUCAUCAUAUUUUCUUUCAAGGCAUUGCAUGCAGUAAAUUUUAGAAAUAUAACUCCUUCUUAAAGGGGAAUGGCUAGAAUGCCCACCCAAGGGAUUUGGAGUGUGAAUUGGACCAAUCACUGUUCAUCGCUGACAUCAAUGGAGGAAGCUACAACGAGGAAAGAACAUAUAGAGUGGCUGGGGAAACCCAGCCAGAUGGACAGGGUAGAAAUAAAAUUAAUAAUAAUAAUAAUAAUAAUAAUAAUAAUAUAGGGUUUGUGUGUGUCACUGUGUUUGUAAGGCUACUUAGGGUGUUCUGGUGGCAGCCUUCUGAUUUCUGGUAGGUAAUUGCAGACCAACUAAAUUGCAGAGCUACUAAAGGGGAUCCGAAGAGCUGAGAUUAGGAAUGAGCCUAGUGAGCCCUUGGACCAUGACUCCUCUCACUAGUAGAGAGAAUUGAUCUAGCCUAUCUGAGAUCAUGGGACAGGCUAAACGCCUUCGAGGAUCAUACCCUCACUAAGCUCUGCUGGUUAGAGCAACUAAGGAAGGGGCUUGGCUCAAAAGUGCCAAAAUAAGCGUAGGGUUUAUAAUCUUCAAAUGGAGAACUACUUAGCCCACGUGACCUUAGAAAUUGGAUUUUUGAUCAGGAUGCCAACCAAGAAAGAGCAUUCAUCAUUGCCGCCCAUUACUCUACUUGUUACACCCAAACCAAUCAAUCCUUCAAGGCCCCAUUACCUUGAGACUUUGACCUUCCCACAACUAUGCAGGGCUUUUGUAGAACUAAGAUUCCAACAGAUGCCCUCAGCAUAUUGAGAGGGGAGAUAUCGGGGAAUUCCCCAUAUGGAUCACAAAUGUAUAUAUGGAUGCAAUCAGGUAGAGGACAUCACACACGAUCUGCUGAUUUUCCCCCUGUAUACAGUGCCCAGAGGAAAUUUUAUAUCGCCAAUUUUUAAUUGGCUUCCAGGUCGAUCCGCACAGGAAGUGACAGUUUAACUGCUAGCAGAUAAACAUCUAUAUAUCACACACCAGGUAGCCAAAUUUGCGUUGGCAGCCAAGAAACUCCAUUCCAGCUAUGUGAAUGCACUCCAAUAUUAAAAUUUAGUGUUGUAGAUUUCUUUUUAUGUUACACACUGCUACAGGCUAUGUUGUAUGAUUUUAGAGGAAAGUUUUCCUUUUAUUUUCUGUCAUCCAUUGUAAAGGCCUUUGGCUACAUACAAUAAAAAUGGACUUGACUUGACUCAGGAUCUUCUCGGGUCAAGUGGGGCCAAGGUUACUUCCUGCAACAGCAUCAUUAACAGGCACGUGCUAAGGUUGCACCUGUGCAAGUUGCUCCAUCUGCGUUUCUUACCAAGGCAAGGUGGAGCAGACUAUCCCUCUGCAGCCUACUGUUUGCAUUUUUGUGUGCAAAGGGGUGAUACAGGAAUUACUUGAGAAUAAGCACCCCAACCUACUAUCCUGGGAUAGGGAGAGUGGGAUUCUCAGUUGACCAACUGCAGGUACUUAUGAGUAACUCUGCCAUUGGGUCGGUCUGCCAGCUUGCUGCUUGGGAAGGAGAAGCAACAGUUUGGAGGAGAGGCAAGAGAAAUAAGGAGAGACAUUGAGAUAAGCAAAAGCUUGGUCUACUGCUUACUAGAAAUACUGUCUAGUGCCACCUUUAACUUGUACACCUUUGGCAGAUCAUGCCAAAUUCUUAUUUUUCUCCAUAAUCACGAGGGCUAGAGGUUCAAAACUAGCUAAACUCUACCUGAUUUUGGAAUAUGGUUGGGUGUUAUGGGGAUCACACUCACGAAUAACCUGCUUUUAGGAUUUAUGGAACUCAUUCAGGUACCAGCAGUACUCGGUUGCACUGAUCUGCACCCACACAUACACUAGUGAAAAAUAAAAAUGAAAUUUAUGCACUUUCUACUUACGCAUUUGGUAUGUCAUGCUUGUAUCGGUUUGGCUUCUUUUUCUGUGCAACGUGCAUGUUAAAUGUGGCAGUAAACAAUGGAAAGUCUCUUUUAUUAUGUGUUUAAACGAUGAUGGUGCAGGACCAGGUCAAACCAAACACAUUCUGUUUCGGAGCAUGUGCUCUUCAAAGUGAAAUUGUGCUGCCUCUUAGUGGGAUUUAUAAUUUAGGACGUGAAACCAUUGCCACUGCCAAAACAGAUUAUCAAACAGUCAGCGGAGAAGACCAAAACCUUUAUGGGUUGUGUGCCAAAAAAUUGAUUGGCUUUUUCUCCAUAACAGAGAAAUCCAGAUGCUUGAAAUUAAUCAGUGUGUUGGUGUGUUAGUUAAAAAGCCAUCACAAUAUCAAUGCAAACUCUGCUACUAGCACACAGAAACAAAUUUAGCCUUUCAGCCUACCUGCUGAUUCCACCCCCAUCCCCACCUGGACCUGUCCCUGCUCCCUAUUACUAACUAUUCUUCUGUUUUAAACCCUUCAAAUCCUAAGUCAGUGAAAAGUACAUUCCCCCCCCCCUUCUCUGGGCCCUACAUGCUCAUUUGAAUCUUUCCAAACAAGAAUAGAUGAGGGAGCAAGCACCAAAUGUGACAGAUCUAAUGCUGGCUGAUGGAUAGAUCUGACAUUUUAUUCAAAUGUCACAGAGGUUCCCAUGGACUGGGGGCAAAACAAGUAGCUUGCUUUGCCAUUUACAGUGUUUUGGCUGUAUGCUUUUCUAAGCCUGAGCGAUGGGGACUUUGAUGCAAAGAUUCCUAAGACUGAAGAGGAGCAGUACAGGUGAAAUGCUGUCUGGUUAAAGGAGCAGAGGGGAAUGAAACUGAGACUAACCUCUGUCUACUACAGGGGUAGUCAACCUUUUUAUACCUACUGCCCACUGCAUCUUUCUUGAUGGUAAAAUUUCGUUACCACCCACCAGUGCUCAAUGGAAGGAGGAUUCAGCUUGUGCCCUAGAAUCCCCUACCACCCACCUAGAAUCCUGAAAUGCCCACUAGUGGGUGGUAAGGACCAGGUUGACAACCCCUAGUCUACUAGUAGAAAGGCUGAAAGAAAAAGUCCCGGAAGAAAUCUGUGAAAUAGGAUGGCGAUUUAUGUCUCACCAUGCAACAAAAGAAACAUGCCACCAAAAAACACACGAGGGCACAGUCUUGCAUAAAAUUUGCAUGAAAUAACUUACUGUAUAUGUAUGGUUGCAAAUUUAGAAAUGAGCAAUAUAAUCUGAAUAAACAUACAGUGGUGCCUCGCAAGACGAAAUUAAUUCGUUCUGCGAUUUUUUUCGUCUUGCGAGUUUUUUCGUCUUGCGAAGCACGGUUUCCAUUUUUUCAAAAAAGUCUUCAAAAACCUCAAAAAAGGCUACCACACUGCGUGCUAUGAGUUGCUCCUCAAAGUCAAGUCGCAACUGCACCUCUUCAAGCAAUGCACCCUGUAUUACUGUAACGGUUUUAAGAAAAAGGAAACAAACUUGCAAGACGUUUCCGUCUUGCGAAGCAAGCCCAUAGGGAAAUUCGUCUCGCGAAGCAACUCAAAAAACCAAAAACUCUUUCGUCUUGCGAGUUUUUCGUCUUGCGAGGCAUUCGUCUUGCGAGGUACUACUGUACAGUCCAUCUCACUAUAGUGGAGAACACUGCGCCUAGGGGAACUUUGUGCCUGCUCAGUCUUCUGCCCGUGUAUUAACAGCUGAUGGGUGAGACUCAGGGCUUUUCCACACCUCGGCUUGCCCCCGGAGGCGUGGAGGACCUUUAGUGCUGAAUCAGAACAAAUGGCAAUUGCCAUUUGCUCUGAUUUAGUGCGAAAGAGCCGGUUUUCCGGAGGAGAGUGGCAAGGCCAAGGCAAAACAGCUGAGACCAAUGGCUAGAAAGCACAGGGAAAGGGGGAAACUGCUUGGACCCAUGCUGUCCAGGGACAGGGGAAGUGGAAGUAUGGACAAACCCUUGUAACUCUUUGUUCUUAAGGUUUAAACCAAACUUGAACCAGGCAGCCUCUCAAAUAGAGCAAGGAUAGCUAACUAAUCACCUUCCAGAGUUGUUGGACUACAACUCCCACCAGCCCCAUCAGUAUGGCCAGUAGUCAGGGAUGAUGGGGCAUGUAGUUGUAGUUGAAACGCCCCAGGUUAGCCACUCCUCAAAAAGGGGAUCGAUGCAAGGAGGAAGGAGGGAAGAUCAUUCCAUCUGCCAAGCUGCAAUGCUUGUGCAUGCAUCAUGGCUGGAGGAGCACAACUUUAAAUUCCACCCAAUGGAUCUACUGAGUAGAAUUUAGCAUAGGCUGGGAUUCAGCUAAUGCAGGGGUAGGCAACCUAAGGCCUGUGGGCAGGAUGCAACCCAAUCACCUUCUUAAUCCGGCCCAUGAAUCAGUGUGUCUUUACAUGAGUAGAAUGUGUCCUUUUAUUUAAAAUGUAUCUCUGGGUUAUUUGUGGGGCCUGCCUGGUGUUUUUACAUGAGUAGAAUGUGUGCUUUUAUUUAAAAUGCAUCUCUGUAUUAUUUGUGGGGUAUAGGAAUUUUUCUAUGUUCAUCCCCCCCCCCCAAAAAAUAUAGUCCAGCCCACCACAUGGUCUGAGAGACGGUGGACCGACCCACAGCUGAAAAAGGUUGCUGACCCCUGAGCUAAUGAGCAACGUCCAAGGGAGAGAGAGCCCUGUGGAAGAACUUCCACUUGUACAACGGGCUUCCAGGAGGUUUGCCUGCCCCACGCCUGACGUUCUAUGAUGUUAGGUGAUGAGGUUUGGGACAAACUAUGCCACGGGUCAAAUGUGGCGGUCUGGCAGGCUUAAACCGCCCACAGGCUAGAUGUUUCCUACCACUGAUCUAUCCCAUUACUCUGUGACCUCAACUAAUCUUACUGCAUAGUGCAAUAUGAAUGCAGCACCAUAACUUUUCAAUAAAUGUUCAGGGGUGGGGACAGGACACAGAAAGACUGGCCACGCACCCCAUUUUGUGAAGGUUAAUGCCUUUUCUGGAAAAGCAGUACCACCAGCAGAAGGCUGCUUGUUCCCACUGAACGAACUAAUUAAAAGUAUUUGGGAAACGAACUGCCAAACCAACCUACCAACCAAAACCCGGCACACCAUUUAAUCAGCUUUUAUUAUUCUGCAAGCAUGGGCCAGUUGUCCCUAAAUGGACAACAUCACUGACCCGUCUCCCAAAGUAUUUGAAUUUAUGUUGAUUGCAUUUUUUAAAAUACAGCUCUCGGCAUCCCCGCUCUGUUCACUCUCAGGCUGGAAGGCUCUUUGCCCUGUGCAGGAGGUCAAAGAGAAGGCGACAAGACCCCGCUAUUAUGCAGUGAUUCAGCCAGAGUGUGAUUCAAGCACUUUACCGGCACAGCCUCCUGCAUUCCAGUUAAACGGCCUCACUGAUGAUGUCUCCAAGCCAUGUUAUUCACAAGGCAUGCACAAAAGCUCCCGUUGCCAAACAUGGAGAAGGAAUGUGAGGCACGUGGCUUGUACAAUGACACGGCCAGGGAUUCACGGAGGAGAUCUGGCCAGGCCAGGCUCUUGACAGAAGGGGUUUACGGGGUCAUCCUGCUCCCGCUGUCAUAGAGUCGCACGCUGCGCUGCAUGUUCAGCGGUGUCUUUGGCUAAUGAUUUAUUAGCAGGGCGGAUAAUAUCAUCCGCGCAACGUAACUUUCGCGCAGAAGCACGGGGGGGGGGCUGUUUCUGAACAGGAUCGGGAGUUAAUGAACCAUACGGCAGCCUGGACUGCCAAGUUCUGUGCAGAAGCAGCAAAAGGGAAGAUGUAAAUUAAGCAAAAUCCCAUAUGUUGUAUUGCAUAACUCAUUCUAGUUUAGAAAGCCCAAGUUGUCAAAUAGUUGUCUUGUUGUCUUGGCAACAAGCGGUGGAAUAGAAGGAAGAAGGGGGCCUGUAAACUUUAUGAGCAUUAGCAGGCAUGGAGCAUAAGAACCACAAAGGGAGCACAAGCCCAGCUUUCAGCAGCUGCUGUGGGCUGAUGGCCCCAACAAGGCCCCACCACUACCGAUAGCUGUGCCAGAUAGCUGUGUCUGCGAGUCCCCAUUUUACAAUGUUCUGGUUAGUUUUUAGAAAACUACACUGCGGUCUCUAAUAUUAACUUCCUGGGCAAGGUGACAGAGUGCGUGGUGGCUAGCCAGCUGCAGGUAUGCCUGGAAGCAUUUUAUCUGGAUCCCAUUCUUGGUUUCAGGCCUGGUUUUGGCACCCAAGCAGCCAGAUUGAUGGCCUCUGUCAGACAAGCGAUGGGGAACACAACCCGGCUGCUUUUCUUUGACCUCUCAGCAGCUUUUGGAAGAAGGAGCUACUCCCACCCAGAGCCAUCUUUCCCAUUGGUCUUAGUGGUUUGUUGUGCCAUGGCACUGGCCUCUCAGGGGCGCCCUAGCAAGUGGGGGGGCAGUGUGGCUUUGCUGGCAGCCUCCCCUUUCCCUGCACGCCCACCAGCUGUGCCCCGCCAACUAUAUGGCUGGCGGGUGUGCAGCUUCUUUCCCAAGCCUCUGCAGGAGGAGAGCGAUCCCUGCAGAGGCUUAGGAUGGAAGCUGCUUCCCUCCCAAGCCUCUGCAUCUGCUAAAGAUGGCCCUGCUCCUGGUCGCUGUCCUCCUCCUUCUUCCUGGCAAAAGGCGGCACACAGCCUUCCUAGCCUGCCUUCUCGGGCACCCUAACGCUGGAGAGCAUGUCCGCCAGCACGUUUUCCUGCUUGAUCACCACCACCAGGCUGGGGAUCGGGGCGGUGGGGUAGGCAGAGGACAUUUUCCACCGUCUCCUCCCUUGUUUUGGAGUUGCCGGGGGGGGGGAGGAGCUGGAGGGAUCUUUGCACCACAGCGCCGGAUAUGCUUAAGACGGCCCUGCUCCCACCCCACCCCAGAGGGUGCUUUGUCCCAUGUUUCCUAAAGCUUGGAGCUAACUGAUGGAGCAAAAGGGAGCUACUGAGCUUUUCAUGUUGGAUCCCUGGGGGCCCUGCAAUCUCAAAUUUUACCCAGAUACCUCUCUUGUUUUGCAAGCCUUUCUCCAGAGUCAUAAGGGAGAAAGAAUAAGUUUCCUUUCUUCUUAAGGUGAGAUUGCUGUAGAGCUAGAUUUUGCACUCUACAAGGUUGUGCUUGUGUGGCGAUUUCAACGGCAUGCAAAAGGUAGCCACAUUUCUCUCUGUCCCUGCAGCUGCUCCAGAAAGUGCCCUUUUUGAACCUCAGCCAAUUCCACACCUGAAAUCUCCUCAUUGCAAACAGCGGAGUCAAACUGGUGGGCAGCAGUCAGCUGUAUUAAUUUGACAGGCUCCAGCAAUGGGAAAUAUGACUGCUCAAGGCACUGGGCAAUUUUUUAAAGUAACAAAACUAAACAAAAUAGAAAGGCAUUCUCUGGGCACCUUCUCAGAUUACAUUUUGCUGUUUACAGUCUCAAAAAAACUGUGUGUGUGUGCAACAGCCAGAAAAUGCCCAGAGAUGCUAAUCUUUAGAAUACCUUAAAUUAGGUCAGGCAUGGUGAGAUGCACAGAGUCUUAACUUGUGUCUGACUCCUCUGACACUACAAAGGCUUAUCCAGACAGCAAGAAGCCAGCCUGUCCCGCCCCAUUUUAGGCUUUGCAGAAUGACUGCAAGAAAUAAUCGUUCAAGAUCCUUGUGUUUGGGUAGCCUGUCUGUGAGAUGACAGGGUGAGUCUUGUGUGUAUAUGAAACUGUAUGCAUUUUAAUGCGCUGUUAUGGAAUUUGCCCCCACAAGAAGCAGUGAUGGCCACCAACUUGGAUGGCUUUAAAAGAGGAUUAGAGAAAUUCAUGGAGGAUAAGGCUCUCAGUGUCUGCUAGCCAUGAUGACUAGGCUCUGCCUCCACAGCUGGAGGCAGUAAUGCUUCUUAAUACCAGUUGCUGGAAACUGCAGGAGGAGAAAGGGCUCUUAGGCUCAGGUCCUGCUUGCAGGUUUCCCAGAAACAUCUGGUUGGCCAUUGCAAGCAUAGGAUGCUGGGCUAAUGGGUUGUUUGCCUGAUCCAGCAGGCUCCUCCUAUGCUCUUAUGUAUGUGAGGCAUUACCCUAGGAUAGGCAUAGGCAAACUCGGCCCUCCAGAUGUUUUGGGACUACAACUCCCAUCAUCCCUGACCACUGGUCCUGUUAGCUAAGGAUGGUGGGAGUUGUAGUCCGAAAACAUCUGGAGGGCCAAGUUUGCAUAUCUAUGCCUACCCUAGAAUACGUAGAAUCUCAGCGUAGGUGUUGAUAUGUUGAUGUUAUGUUUGCAAUACCCUUGCAGCAACUUGCAUGCAGUAAAUUUAGGAAUGGAGCGGGGGGGGGGGUAGGCACGUGCCAUCAUACUGCCCUCGGUGCUGCAGACAUUAUAAAAAACUUGAAACAUUUGCAUUUUCUGUUAUGAUGUGGCAUGCAUGUAUCUGCUAACUAGCUGCAAUAACCAAUGGUGGGAAACAGCAACAAAGCUUAGGUUUUCUUCUGCUCUAAUAUAGGGAGAGCCAGCAUAUCUUAAGAAGCUAGAAAUGUUGCAGGAACAGCUUCACAUCGGUAUAGAGGGCAGCAAAAUGUUGGCCAGCCUCAUCAAGCGCUUGUUCUCUUUUUGUCUUCCUCCUUGGCCAGAUUCCAACCGUUACGAGGAGGAAAUUUCUCUGCAAGUGCCCAACUCGACCGAGAUCAAAUCCCGGAUCUCAUCCACAUCCUCUGCCUCUACAGACCUGAACAGCCUAGACACCAGUGAGGAAGGGGCCGAGACCCCCGUGGUGCAGUCAGAUGAAGAAGAGCUGCAGCAAGAUGGCCCCGAGGAGCAGGAGAGCAGCAGCUAGCGGUGUGUGUGUGUGUUUGUGUGUAUGUUGCCAAUCCACCGCAUUGACUCUGCCAGCUGACAUGAUGAAGAAGGAAUGUGGAUGUCUGGCUCAGUGACUAAACCUCACAGCGGUUCCCUAUCUCAUUUCUUGUACUUGGGGAGAAUUAGAAAUAAGCCUUCUCCCUGCAAGAUGGUCAAUGCAUUGAAAAGGUAAAGAGCAUAGGGAGAAAGGGGUGAGGCAAAGGGACUGUAGUUUUUUUAUUUUUUUCAACUAACUCUCCAGCCUUUUACAGCUAACGCUCUUGGUUCACUCACCCUGACUACUCAAGUUAGCCAUGACCUCGGCUGCAAUUAUUUCAGGCAAGGCAUCUGUGCAAGCUUAGAGUCUCUCCAAUUCCAGCACACCACAUACACACAACAAAUGUCUUAGUUGUAACAUAAAAGAAAAUUGUAUUCCUUUCAAGCAAGCAGAUGGUCAUGUAUGAUCUAUUUGAGACCCCUACAUUGCAGGGGUUGGGCUGGACGACUCUCGAGAUCCCUUCUAACUCUGCAAUUCAAUGAGUCUACAACUGGGAGGAUGUGCAUUAUUGGGGGGAAAGGGCCAGUAAGGCAUUGUGGCUCAAGAAGAGAUGCCUGAACAGGAUUAGAUUCCUGGGGGAGGCACUGAUAAGCAGUGGAGCAUAGUUGUUUAUUCUUCCUCCCCUACAAAUAUAAUUUUGCAUUCUUACACUGCAAAUAUGCAGUGUAUAUUGGGAAGGUAAGAAGCAGAGGAAUGAAAAAAAAGGCUUCAGAAAAGGGGUGCAGCAGUAAUAACAUCUACUUAGUGUGGGCCCACAUAACUUCUGACACACAGAGCAGAAUGCAACCUACCCCAACCAUGUCUGCCUCCCCCCCUUCUGAUGUUUCCAAGUGAUUACAAAACGGGUUCUCACGCUUCUGGUAUGCUGUAAUUGGUGGUUGGUUGUGGCAUUCAGCUUGAUGGGUGACAAAGUUGUGUAGACCUUCCCUAGGUAGAAAAGUUGCCUUGGCCUGCUGCUGUGUGGCUAGUUUUUCAAUGACGCAAUAGAAUUCACUUGGUGCAGUAGCUACAGGAUGCAUGAGAUUAGUCUCAAAGAGUCCUUGGUUCAAAUCUUUCCUCUGACAUGAACUUGCACAGUGGCCCUGUCCUCCUCCUUCAAUAGGGGGAAUAGCAGCAAUGACCCACCUUACGGGAACACUGAAAGAGUUUCUGAAACAAUGUACAUGAAGAGCUUUGAACACUAAAUGCUAUUAUUAUUAUUCAUCAUGUUUCUCAACUGUCAGGCUCAACACUAAUUCAUGGGGAAUGUUCAAGAGGCACACCUGAAAACGAUCUGAUAGCAAAAUGGUGGUUUAGGGAGGAGCUACAGCUUUUCGGUAGAGUACAGGCAUUGUAUGCAGGAAGUCCUUUUCCAGUUUAAACGAUCUCAGCUAGCAGAACAGGGGAAGAUUUCUGCCUAUGGCUUUCCCAUGCAACUGCCACUAAAAGCAGACUGCGUGUUCAGGUGUGUUUGUCCCCCACCAAUUUGGGGUUCAUGGCGCCAUCAUUAGACACUGCUUAAGUCACACUUACUCAUAACUAGAACUCUUUCUUACCCCCUUCUAACAUUAACAGUGAGCAGUCUGAUUGUAAAACAGAAGCCAAAAUGAACCAGGAUGCAAACAUGCAUAGGAGAUGGGAUGAUGAAUCAAAAGAAACAUCUCAUGGUGCAGAAUAAAUAGUGGAGCUCUGAAUAUCCAUGACAUUUUAGGUCAGGGAUGGGGAACCUGUGCACCCACUUCCAGAUGUUAUUGGGACUCCCAAGUCCCGUGGUCAGGGAUGAUGGGAGUCGUAUCGCAACAUCUGGAGGACCACACAUUCUCCACCCAAGCUUUAGAUUACUUGCCUAAUGUACUUUAUCUGUUGAUAACCUCACUGUGUAAAAUUGCUACUAUCACAGAUGGCGCACUACAUAUUAUCAAUGAAUUGGUUAGAUUAACUGAUUAAACAUCAUGACUGACUAAAAAAGAAAGGUGCUCCCAAUUAAAUCUUCACUGCAUCAGGUGGUUUGAAAGUAGAUGAAUGGCAUCUGGGUUGCAGGCUGGCAACGCUACUUGAUCACAAGCUAUCGGUUGUGUGUGCAAGACACAAAUAGUUGCACGACCCAACUUCUAGCAGCCCCUUGGUAUAUGCAGCAACAGCUGCAAAAAAAGUGAGCAAUGAAGUGUGCAAUAAACUGAGAGGUUGGACCCAACUGACAGAAUGGGGGGGGGGGGAGCACAGGAAAACCACAUGGACAAUACCAAGAAUAACCAUGUGGCAUCCAUGUGGCUCACCCUCAAGUCAGUUUUGAGGACAAGUAAUUAUAAUGUCAGUUUACAGGUGGGUAAUUGAGGCUGAGAGGCAGUGACAUUUUAAAAGCCACCUGUUCUCAGCUGAGGUUCCAAGCUCAAGCCUAGUACUGUUUUCCGUAUAGUGCAGCUAAAAUGUAUACAAGUCUAAAAUUGUCUUACCACUCUGGGCCACUUGGUUGGGUAUACAGAAAACAAACCAUAUAAAUAUAUGGCCAUCCAAAUGUUGUUGGACAUCCAUCCCCCAUCAGCCCUGACCAGGUUCCCCAUGCAUAGCUUGUAUCAGGAUCACAACCAGAUUUUGUUGGGUUGGUAUACAGUGGGAAGCCAUAGCUAAUUGCAACUUUCCAGCCUCAGCGGAAAUACAUGUGUAUGCAAUUGUCCACACCUGAAAGCAAUGCAUUUUUCAUGCUUUCCCCUACACUGUAAAUUAGCAUGUCAAAUUAAUGUUGGGAGUAGCACUCAAGCGAUUUGAAGUCUUCAGUCUGCUUUAAACCAGACAGGUGCUGGCCCUGUUGUAAACUGAACAAGAAAGCCACUCUGAUUGUGAAACUGGAAGAAUCCCAAGAAGAAAUAAAAGGAGCCUGGUGUAUAAAUAA